CACUCACUCACUCACUCACUCACUCACUCACACUACUCUCUCUUUCUUUCCUCGGCCAUCCCAGUCCUUGAUCGUUCGGGCCUAUUAGCGUCUCACUUUUUCUGGGGCCUUUUCCUGUCCUUGUCUCCAUUUUCCUCUUCCUGUCUAACGCAUCGUCGAUCCUCGCAGUUCCGCCCGCAGCGGCCGGGUAUUUGCCAUGAGUGUCCUGCUGGAAACUUCCCUCGGGGACAUCGUUAUCGACCUGCUGGUCGAUGAGUCCCCUAAAGCGUGCGAAAACUUUCUGAAGCUAUGCAAAGUUAAAUAUUACAAUUUCUCGCCCGUCCACAGCGUCCAAAAGAACUUCACCUUCCAGACUGGCGAUCCGAUUGGGCCCGACUCCUCAGAAAGCGAUGGUGGAUCGUCGAUAUGGGGCUUGCUGCAGGGCCCUUCUCAGCGGACAUUUCCCCUCCAGCUCCCGCCCAAGUUGAAGCAUGACGAACGAGGCACUGUGAGCAUGGCCACCGUACCUUCCCCCAACGACCCCGAUCUGCGCAUUGCCGCCAGUCAGUUCAUCAUCACACUUGGAGACAACCUUGAUUACUUGGACGGCAAGGCGGUGAUCUUCGGGAAAGUGGUGGAGGGGUUUGACGUCCUGGAGAAAGUCAACGAGGCCUUUAUUGAUGAUCGCGGCCGCCCGCUCAAAGACAUACGUAUCCGUCAUACCGUCAUCCUCGAUGAUCCUUUUGAAGACCCCGAAGGCUUGGUAGAGCCACCGGAGAGCCCGGUGCCGUCCAAGGCACAGCUGGCUACGGUAAGAAUCGCCGAUGAUGAAGACUUGGAUGACGACAUGGACGAGGAGUCAAUGGAGAGGCUGCGACGGGAGCGCGAAGCAAGGGCACAGGCGUUGACGCUGGAAAUGGUUGGCGAUCUUCCCUUCGCCGAGGUCAAGCCGCCAGAGAACGUCUUGUUUGUCUGCAAGUUGAAUCCCGUCACCCAAGACGAGGACCUCAACCUAAUCUUCAGUCGCUUCGGACCCAUUCUGUCUUGUGAGGUCAUCCGCGACAAGCGUACAGGUGACAGUCUACAAUACGCUUUUAUCGAGUUCGAGAACCAGAAGGAUUGCGAACAGGCAUACUUCAAGAUGCAGGGUGUCUUGAUUGAUGACCACCGUAUUCAUGUUGAUUUCUCCCAGAGUGUAUCUAAAUUGUCCGAGAGCUGGCGCAAUGCUACGAUCACCAAGCGCAGUAGCCAGCGGGGUGGCUUUGGUGGUGUCGCAGGCCUAGAAAAGAAACGCCAGUACCGGGCAACAGAGAAUACUCGUCAACGAGACGAUGAUUAUCACAUGGUCUUCGAUAAGAAUGCGCCCCGAGCGAAAUCUGGUCGGGACGAGCGGUCUCAUAGUCGAAGCCCACCGCGGAAGCCACAACGGGAAAGACGAGUCAGUCGGAGUCCCCGGCGGGACUCAUAUCGUAAUCGGUACCGAGAUCGAUCCUACAGCCGGAGUCCACCACGGCGGGAUUCUUACGGGGACCGAGACCGCAGAUAUAACGACAAUGAGCGGCGACGGGAUCGCCGUGACGAUGAUAGAUACCGGGAGAGGCGGCGUCGUUGACGCUUUGGGGGGGUAAAUAAUGUAAAUUAACCAUACGCUAAUACCAUUCUUAAAAGAUACCGUCAUUUAAGAAUGACGGAUGUAUGAAUGUCAU